GUUCUGCGCACGCGCGGGGGCCAUAUUAGCGGCGGAUUCACGCGCAGCGGCGGUGGGUUUUCACCCGCGGAGGAGGGUCCUCGGUCUAGGUCUCGGCUCUUCACAGUCCUCCCUUCGGAAUUAUAAAGUUCAGAAAAUAUGUCUCGAAGAUAUGAUUCCAGGACCACUAUAUUUUCUCCAGAAGGUCGCUUGUACCAAGUUGAAUAUGCCAUGGAAGCUAUUGGACAUGCAGGCACCUGUUUGGGAAUUUUAGCAAAUGAUGGUGUUUUGCUUGCAGCAGAGAGGCGCAACAUCCACAAGCUUCUUGAUGAAGUCUUUUUUUCUGAAAAAAUUUAUAAACUGAAUGAGGAUAUGGCCUGCAGUGUGGCAGGUAUAACUUCUGAUGCUAAUGUUCUGACUAAUGAACUGAGGCUCAUCGCUCAAAGGUAUUUAUUACAGUAUCAGGAACCAAUUCCUUGUGAGCAGUUGGUCACAGCACUGUGUGAUAUCAAACAAGCUUAUACACAGUUUGGAGGAAAACGUCCUUUUGGUGUUUCGUUGCUUUACAUUGGCUGGGAUAAACACUAUGGCUUUCAGCUCUAUCAGAGUGACCCUAGUGGAAACUAUGGUGGAUGGAAAGCCACAUGCAUUGGAAAUAAUAGCGCUGCAGCUGUGUCAAUGCUGAAACAAGACUACAAAGAAGGAGAAAUGACUCUGAAGUCAGCACUUGCUUUAGCUAUCAAAGUCCUAAAUAAGACCAUGGAUGUUAGUAAGCUUUCUGCUGAAAAAGUGGAAAUUGCCACACUAACGAGAGAGAAUGGAAAGACAGUCAUCAGAGUUCUCAAACAAAAGGAAGUGGAGCAGUUGAUCAAAAAACAUGAGGAGGAAGAAGCUAAAGCUGAGCGUGAGAAGAAAGAAAAAGAACAGAAAGAAAAGGAUAAAUAGAAGACAAAAUCAGGGAUUUCAUAACUCAUUUGGGGCACCAGUUCAGUGUAAAAGCUGUCCUACUCUUCCACACUGAGAAAGCUUUGACUUUUUAAAAACUUGUCUAGUGGGAAAAUAGGAUGGUACCAACUGAAUUGGGUCCUUGUUAUUUCUGCCCAGUUGAAUAUUGUAAUGAUGAUUACUCUAUGGACAUCUUAAUCACCACGCCCCCCCCCCCCCCUUUUUUGAAUAAAACUUGGAAAGGAUGGAAA